CUCUCAGCUCCCUCAACUUGCACAGAUGAACUGGAACUCAAAUUACUAAACUAUUCAAUUCUCUCAACAAUGCAACAAGGUAGAAAUUUCAAGGGGGAGCUUUUAGGACGGUGAAACACUGGCUUGCAUUCUGAGGGUAAACCUAUUAAAGGUAUCUGAGAUAAUAUUAAUUAGGGUAAUGUCUCUUGAGGGAAAGAUGUUGCUGACUUGGUUUCUAUUGGAACUACUUAUAAUUCUCAAAGAUACUCUGUAGGAAUCUAAGAAGUCAAUUAGCUUGAUUGGGUGGCCAGCCAAUUGUCCACCUUCAUCCGGCUAAUGAAAGCCACACAAGUCUCCAACUAGAUACUCCGCCAACUCAACAACACCAACAACGGGACCACCGUUUUUGCACCGACCGACAGUGCUUUCUGAAAGACAAGGUUUCCUACACCGUAGAUGGAGCUAAAGACAGUUUCAGAAAUUGUGCACGAGAUUAAGGAUAAGGUGUUAGAGACUGCACGUGAAGCCAAAGACGAGGUCAUAGAAACAACCCGGCAAACGAAGGGGCUAUCGAUGGUGCUUGCGGCAAAGAGAAAGAGGAACAAUGCUGUGGAAACAGCGAAAGACACAGCCGAGACGCCCUGGUGUCAAAUGGUGAACAAUGGUUUUGGUCAAUGCACCAGAUGCUUCAAGCUUUUAAUCUUUUGUUAUCCUUUUUCAUGGUUUUGUUCAAUUCACUGUAUUUCGAGCCUAAAGCCACAAAGGUUAUGUUGGAGAGAAUAGAAUGGAAAAGGAAGAGGGAGAGAUAUCAUAGCUUUUUCUAGGUUCGUUGGACUGGGUGGAGCCGGAGAUGAUGUCAGAGCCAGUACCGGAGCUAAAGACAGAAGAGGCUGUGGUGGCGGUUCCAGAGAGGGAGGAGACGUUCACCUUUAUUUAUUUUUAAUAUUUUUUUAAAUUUUUAAUAAAUUUAUUUUUUUAUUUUUUAAAUUUUGUUGCUAUGACAUACCAUGUCAUCAUUGUUAAUAGUUAAUUUCGGUCAACUAACAA